AUGUGUUUCUGGCUGUCGGGAGACUACAGUGAGACUGGGAUUUUUAAGAGCACCUGCUACAUCGACGUCCGCUGGUUCCCGUUCGACGUGCAGCGCUGCGACCUGAAGUUCGGCUCCUGGACGUACGGCGGCUGGUCUCUGGACCUGCAGAUGAUCGAGGCCGAUAUCACAGGAUACAUCGCCAAUGGAGAGUGGGACCUUGUGGAGGUUCCCGGUCGGAGGAAUGAGCGUUUCUACGACUGCUGUAAGGAGCCGUACCCUGACGUCACCUUCACCGUGGUGAUGAGGAGGAGGACGCUCUACUACGGGCUCAACCUCCUCAUCCCCUGCGUCCUCAUCUCCACCCUCGCACUCCUCGUCUUCCUGCUGCCCGCUGACUCCGGAGAGAAGAUCUCCCUGGGCAUCACCGUGCUGCUCUCUCUGACAGUCUUCAUGCUGCUGGUGGCUGAAAUCAUGCCGGCGACCUCUGACUCCGUUCCUCUCAUAGCUCAGUACUUUGCGACCACCAUGGUGAUCGUGGGUCUGUCGGUCAUCGCCACCGUUCUGGUCCUGCAGUAUCAUCACCACGACCCCGACGGGGGACACAUGCCGCAGUGGACUCGUGUGAUUUUGUUGAACUGGUGCGCCUGGUUCCUGCGGAUGCGUCGUCCCGGCGAGGCGAAGGUCCAACUGGCUUGCCCCAACGCAGCCAAGCGUCGCCGUGGCAGCCUGUCCAGCCUGGAGCUCAGUGUCAGCCAGGGGUCGCUGCGACAUCAACCCCAGGUAACCAACGGCAACCUCCUGUAUGUCGGAUUCAGGGGCAUGGAGGGGUUGCACUACCCCUCGCCCAGCGAACCCGAGCUCCUGUGCUCGCGCCUGGUGGGAGGCGGUGUUGGCAGUGGGGAGGAUGUGCUGAGAGCAGGAGGUGGAGGAAGAGGAGGAGGAGGAGGAGCAGCAGUAGGCGGCUCGUCACUGGAGGCAGAGCUUAACCAGAUCCUGGAGGAAGUGAGGUACAUCGCCACGCGUUUCCGUGGGCAGGACGAAGAUGAGACGGUCUGCAACGAGUGGAAGUUUGCCGCCGCCGUGAUCGACCGGCUGUGUUUGGUGGCGUUCUCGCUCUUCACCAUCCUCUGCACCAUCGGCAUCCUCAUGUCGGCUCCCAACUUCGUGGAGGCCAUUUCCAAAGACUUCUUCAGCUGA